AGCAACUGGUCGCACGUUUUCCCUCAGCGCGAACUCGACAUUCGUCACUCGACAAAUUCAGGCGAACAGUUAGUCGACAAUUUCGUAUUGUUGUCGCAUCGUCGUAUAGUCUUAUCGUUGUACCGUCGCCUCGCAAAUCGGAUUGGCUGCUGCUGUCUCGUAGUCGCACAGUCACAAACGCGUCAGUCGAACUGAAUUUUUGACGAGUCGGAAGUGUGUGUAACGUGUUUUUGUGAUUUCCGUUGUUUUGCGACAUUUUGCUUUUGGCCUAUCCGAAAAUCGCAUAAGCCGCAUAUAUUUAUUAAAAAGUGAAUAAAAGUCAAUCACAAAAUCGUAUGCAUUUGUGACUUACUUUAAGCUGUCAAAUUGAAAAGGUAUACACUGACGCCUGCAUACAAGCAGCGCAGUGGUGAAAGGUAAACUUUGUGGCGCGUGUGAAUCUGUGAAUGUGCAGAAAGGUGCUAUGUAUGCGCGUGCAAUGUUUUAAGCGCCCCGUCAGUGUUGGGGAAUCUGUGUCAUCUACCCGAAAGUGAGACAUUUGACGUCUAGCGGAAAAUGACUAAAUGCAAUUUUACCGAUUCACAAAGCGCAUAAAUUACACUUGCGAACGAAGCAUUGCACUAAUUUGAACAUUCGCACUGAAAUUACGAAGGUCGUAUCCGUCCAAAAUGCCGUCAGUUAGAACUGCGUACACCCCACGGGUUGUAGUGACACGACCCAUUUUCCUCCUGCUCGUUGUGAGCGCAGCACUGUCGGGUGAUUUUGUUAGUGCGGAAAUUGCCACUGCCGCAGACGCCUUUGACGGAGUGUUAACUAAUAGUUUAGCGGAGAGUAGGUUCGGGGUUGGCAACGGAGGCAAUCGUUGUUCCGCACGCAAGUUCCAAACGAUUGCCAAAGCUAUCGAUGAUGUUGAGGAUCUGGAAUUGGAUGUGCCGGUUAAUAUCGCCUUUGACAGCCAUCAGAAGAAAAGAUUUUUGCUGUACAUCAAUGCAUCGGCACCACUAACCAUUAAUUUCUCGCAGCAGGUUGUGCGCAAGAUUUACUUCAACCAAACAAUAAAUUUAUCGCGCUCACUCAAAUCGGAUCAACGCACUGUGAUCCUGCCCUGUGCGCUACGUGGUCAGUAUGAUAUUUUUGUACAAGCCCGUCAGCGAGGGUCCAUAAAAAUCGAAGCGCAUGCUGAACAUCCGCAAUCCGGCUGGCCGCUACUCAAUCGCACGCAUCACAUCAGCAUACGCAGCCAAAACUGGGUACGCAAACGUCAAAUGAUAGUCAAGUGGGACAAGAGCAAAUUCGAUUUCCACGCAGUACAUUACUGUUUGGUUGUGAGCACUCGCCAGCGCCAAUUGAAUUUCUGCAACGCCAUCAACGAGUACUUCACGAGUACAGCGGGGCGAGCAGGUGUGAGUGCACCGCCCAACUGCUAUCCUGGCUCCUUGAUGGAUUACAUCUGGUUGAAACCACCGGAGCGUGCUAAGAAAAUUGAUCCACGCAUCACCAAUAUUGUCUGUACAGGCGCUCACACUCAGCAGCUACUAAGAGGUGUACUACCGAAUCAUACGUACUACUUGGAUGUGUUUGGAGUGCACACUCGCCGUCAAAAUCUCACUUUUCACAUUGCCUCUACGCAAGUGGAUUUCAACCGCACGCAUCCAGUUUCGCUGCGCGCAAAUAUGUUAACUAUGAAGAAAAUAUCUGGACUGCAUGGCGUACAAGUCUUCAGCUUUAAGAUUCCAUCUAGAAGCAUUCCUGCUAUUUAUAAGCAACUCCGUGCUUCAGCUUUGCCGUCAACAGCACUCCAGCUGCGCUAUCUCAUUCUGCCAUGCGGUGGCAGCGAAAUCGAUGCAAAGAUACUCCGCCAACGUCGAGUCAUCGGCAAUGUGUCAGGCAUAUAUCGGCCCACUUAUAUUCGGCUCUCCGAGGUACAGGAAGGUCAAAGGUAUAUUGUGCGUUUCACGCCCAGCAAUGAAGACGAGACGCUACGUGCCAACAAAGUGGGGCUGGCUGUUACAAUAACCGGCAUCUUUCAACAACUACCCGAACUGCCAGAGAAUAUAACGGUUUUCGAAGUGCACAAUCGAUGCUCCUUAGCCACCAUUGCGUGGUACAGUUCGCCGGAUAAUCGGACAAUGAGGUACUGCAUAAUUGUGUUCAAUUUACCGCAACGUAAUCGCAGUUCCGUUGAUUACACGAACUACUGCCUCGAUUUCGGAAAGAGUGUGGUACAGCAUCCGCUCUUCGACUCCAUUAAAUGCAUUGAACGCUCAAAAAGUUCAACUCUUGAAACACACACAAUUUUUAAUCUGACACCAGGUGAAACGUACCUCAUCUACGUUACUGCCAAUCUAAGCGAAGGCAAGCCUCUGCCAUACCAAUCGCUGCGCAUCACAAUGAGCCAUCAAUGCAGCAACGAUCUGCUUGAGUCGCGAGAGCAAACUGCAUAUUAUUAAAGAAUUUUCCCAGCGAAGUGUUCGAAAAGAGAAAUCAAUUUUAGGAAAGGACCUAACUAAAAGCAUUAACAGAUAGCAACAGAGCUCGUGCCUCAAAUUGCAAAUUGUAUUAUUGUGUUGUGUGCAGCUUCUGGCAUUUUGAAUUCAUUCGCCAAUGAAUUUCACCGAAUACAAUUAGAAAUGCCAAUAAACAAUUUUUUGCUUGUAAAAUACAUACCUAUCUACAUAAAAUAUGCCACAUGUAAGUAUAUAUGUAUAUACCAGAAGAUAAGCGCUAAAAGACUUAAGCCUACGCCGAUGAAAAGUGUCUACUGUAAUAAAGGAGGGUAGAGAACAAAAUUCGUUGCCUAUUUUUGGGAGCAUCGUACAUCCAGUGGAAAGAUUAUUGAGCAUAAAACAACAAAUGCUACUAAUGUCUCUAUAACUAAUGCAUAAGUACCAAACGUACAAUAGAUGUGCUUUUAUGUUUUUUUAUAUUAUUUCUUGUUGUAUUGAUAACAAAAUACUAUGCCGCCACCGAAUUGAUACUCCUCAACGUAUAAGUACAUUUAAAAUUGUAUUAUCCCUUCACUAUAAAUAUAAUAUAUUUAUCUAAGUAUAAAAAUUAUCUGUGUAUAUUAUGCAAAGAAGCGAAUUUAUUCAGAACUUCUUAAACGGAAAACUUGAUUUCACUAGAAAAACGCUUUGCCUCAAAUCCACAUUCGGGGUAUUAUAGUAACUUCUAAAUCCAAGCAAAAAAUAAUUACAGAGACAGUUUGAACGUUCAAGGGAGUUAAUCAAUAUAAUAUACAGCGUUGGACAAACAAACAGUUAGGCUGUGUAUGCAAGUUCACUAAAUAUCGAGAAAGAAAAAAAUCGAAACCUGUUUCAGUAUUUUUUUUUUUAAUUCAAAGUAUUA